AUGGAAUUGCCCACUUCCAAGCUUUGGUUCAUCAUUUUUACUCUUAAAUAUUUCUUCUUUAUCUUUUCAUUCCUAUCUUCAACCCACGUAGAAGCAACACACUCUGCAGGCUCAAACUUGUUUCGAGAAUACAUUGGAGCCGAGUUUAACAGCGUCAAAUUUUCAGAUGUCCCUAUUAAUCCAAGUGUCCAAUUUCACUUCCUUCUCUCAUUUGCUAUUGACUAUGACACAUCAUCUUCUCCUUCUCCCACCAAUGGAAAGUUUAACAUCUUUUGGGACACCGACAACCUUAGUCCCACCCAAGUUUCUUCCAUCAAGAGUAAGAAUUCAAACGUCAAGGUAGCCCUUAGUCUUGGAGGAGAUAGUGUUGGAGGUGGUUCUGCUUACUUUGAUCCAUCUUCAAUUGAUUCAUGGGUUUCCAAUGCAGUUUCUUCACUCACAAACAUAAUCAAAGAGUACAACUUAGAUGGAAUUGACAUUGACUAUGAGCAUUUCAAGGCUGACCCUAAUACCUUUGCUGAGUGUGUAGGGAAGCUAAUCCAAACUCUUAAAACCAAUGGAGUCAUCACUUUUGCUUCUAUUGCUCCAUUUGAUGAUGAUCAAGUUCAAAGUCACUACUUGGCCUUAUGGAAAAGUUAUGGGCACCUCAUAGAUUAUGUUAACUUCCAAUUUUAUGCAUAUGAUAAAGGUACCAGUGUCUCUCAGUUUAUUGAUUAUUUCAACACACAAAGCUCAAAUUAUAAUGGUGGGAAGGUUUUGGUGAGCUUCAUUAGUGAUGGGAGUGGUGGGUUGGCCCCAGAUGAUGGAUUCUUCACAGCAUGCCAUAUGCUGAAGAGUCAACAAAAACUCCAUGGUAUCUUUGUGUGGUCUGCUGAUGACUCCAUGGCAAAUAGUUUCCGCUACGAGAAGCAAUCACAAGCACUCUUGGCUAUCCCUCGUAAUUAA